AUGUUUGACGGCAAGGUCUGGUAUUCAUCCCCAAGGGUUCUGCAGCUAGAUGCGGGCAUCCUAGACGGCGAGCUUUUCUCUCUUCUCAAACAACAACUAUCAGAUGCAUUUCAGCUUCUCAGUCCAAAAGCGUUCUCGUACAAUCUGCAUCCAGAAUUGUAUUCGUUACUUCUUAAGCUUCUCUUGUUCCGCGUGACCACUCUUAAGACUGGCUCAUCUUAUGGAUUCACCCUCCAGAAUCUCAAGUUGUCUGACCACAAGACUGGCAAGGUCAUUGGCCAAAGACUCCGAUAUGUUCUUCUUGCUGCGAUAUUUGGACAGUACGCCUUCGAAAAGGCCAAAUCGUAUUUGUACAACAUGGAGGAGUCUCUGAUCCGCCACCGCAAGAUAUGGCUCCAGCGAUUGAAGCAGGCUCUUUAUCGCUUUAGACCUCAAUUGCUUCGGGUGAGCGACGAUUUCAUAAAGAUUGCUGGUCUCAUUAAUUUUGUAUUAUUCUUGGUGCAGGGCAAGUAUUCGAGCCUUCUUCAUAGGGUUUUAGGCAUAGUAAUAACUCCUCUGAACGCCGACCUUCUCAAGUUCAACGGAGAUAAUGUCAGCUUUGAGUUUCAGAACAGACAGCUCGUUUGGAAUGUCAUGACUGAGUUCUUGGUUUUUGUCAUUCCCUUGUUGCAGGUCCAGAAAUGGAGACGGUUGGUACAUUCAAUGCUCUCCAGAAGAGGCCAAGGAGCAGUUAGCACAAACGAGAAAACACAAACAAAGUAUUCCACGCUUCCUAUUUCUCAAUGCGCAAUUUGCAUUGAGAUGUCGGAGGCAAACGGAAUCAAGGCAGCAAGCACUCAAAUAACCAAUCCGUACGUAACAAACUGCGGCCAUAUAUUCUGCUACAUUUGCUUGGCUACAAGAAAGAACGCAAUGGAGAAUGGAAGCGACCAGGCGGAGCUGUGCCCGAGGUGUAAUUUGAGAAUCACGUCGUUUCAGGAAUACGGUAGUGAUGAUAGCGAGAGCGACCGCUUAGCGUCCAUAGUUGUGGAAUAUCAAGAGAAUGGGCAAGUUAACCAAAUUGACGAGGAACAGAGCGACACUGCUGAUGAGAAUGUUGAUGAUCAAGUGGAGCUUGAUGACAAUAUUGAAGACGAGUACAGCGACAACGAGGAUUUGGAAGAGGAGAUCGAGGAGGUGUCUGAAUUUGAGGAUGACUACGGCACAGAUAUUGAUGUAGAGUAG